AUGUCUGAACCCUUACCAACUCGUCCCUGGCCAACUCUCAGCGCCAUUGACCGGGAUCACGAGUCGGGAAUCCUCUACGAAGAGGAACGCCAGCAAUGGUUGCGGCAGCAUCCACAUGUUGUUCCUCAAACCGCAAAGAGGAGUCGCAACAAGAAUCAGCGCGCCUUCCCGGACCGUGGCCCUGGCAUGGCUAAAGGCCUUCGUGAUAUUGCGGAACGCGGUGCAGCUCGUCGCAAUGGAACAGCUGUGAACAAGAAUGAUGUUUUUACCAAGCCGUUGCCACCCAUUCCUCCACAGGAAGCUCCUCGGCCGACCACCACCGUUGGUCAGGAUGAUGUUUCCCAAGGUCAUGGGCGGGAUAUCAACAAAAUGAGCGCUUAUUACGUGCUUAACAGAACCGACAUGCAAGGCCACCACGGCAAUGCCUCGUUUGCUCAAAAGGAAGCUUCUGAACCCGCCAUCGAAGUUGGGCAGAAGGCAGUUGGCUAUGGCACUGUCCACUCGAGUGAAAAGAUGAAACCGAAUCUGCUUCUCGAGGAAUGCAAGCUGCAAGGAUACGAUGACGAGACUCCAUUUAUUCAACCCAAUGGAUCUGAGCCGCUCUUGCCACCCUUUUCGUAUCACGACUUCAACGCCCAGGCCUCCUACGACAAUGGCUCCUCUGCUUUCCAAGGCUUGGCUCCAUCCGCUGGUCCUACAUUUGAAGCCCCUGAUGCUCAAGCCAGCACCAGUCCCCCUCGCUACGGUUACAGUUCAACUUCGUGGUACGAAGCUUCUCCCACUGGCCACAAAUCUUCUCCGGAAGCUCAGGGUGCAGUGACUCGCAGCGCUACUCCAGUGCCCGAAAUCAAGCAAGAAGAUCAACCCAACGCCGUGGAGAAGGCAAUGGAUGAAUUGAUUGCCAUCCUCGACCAGGAACAGGAGAAAUACCGCCUCGCAAGGGAGAAACGCGACGCAGAAAAUGCAUCUUCUGCCUACCGUUUCGCUCCCCCAAUUCAGCGUCUACGGAUAUCUACCAUGCGGACCAACAUUCGGGAUACCGGACUCCUGACUUCGUCAUUCGCAAAGCUGAGAGUCCUCUGUCGCCUGUGUACUCCCCGACUGCUAUCCCAUCCCCUUGCCUCAUGUGGUCGCCGUCUCCGGUUUCUUCCCUUUAUCCCCCCCGGAUAUUGGUCUUUGGAUGAAUCUGAACCUGAGACUGCCGCAUCUGAGUUCGAGUUUGAUCACAGAUGUUCUGCUUCGGAUGCGCCUCUGCAAGAGUCACCUACAUCUCCAGUGCCAGCUCCUCUUUCCCCUGAGCGCCGUCCCAGUUUCAUUCGCGAAUAUUCCUAUGCCGGUGCGCCUCGCGUUGGAAUUGAUCCAUCUGAUGUUCCCCAUGAUCCCCGGCUUAUGGAGGUUAAUUUCCGCCCUGACUACGACUCGUCUCCUGACAGCCCCGCAUGGCUCAGAGAAUAUAGAGCCGCCAUGGCCUAUGUCGAGGUUCCACCGCUGUCUCUUGAGCCACGCCAAUCGAACGUGACGGAGAACAAAACUACUUUCACCAUGAAUGUCCCCAUCCGCGAUGUUUCCCAGCAUCAGACAACCGUUCACGGAUCUGAGUCUACCAAUGGUGAACACAGCUGCGCAGCUUCCAUCGUCUGCAAAGAGUCCAGUGCUAGCAAGACCCUCAGCAACGCAACUAUGGAUCGUGUCACCCAAAGCCCUGAUGCCUACAGUUCUGAAGGCUCCGAAGACUCUCGUGGAACCAAGCGCAAGCGACACACCAAGAACCUCUUUGGUAAGAAGGGAUACCUUGAGGACAACGAGGAGCCACGCGAGAGGAAAUUCCGCCGUUUGAAGGAGGCCAUCGGAAAGGGACAUUCAACCCUUGGCAGUAUCAAGGGAAUGUUUUGGGACGAUAAUCGAGCAUUGAUCAGCUCAUCCAAGCCCAGCAUUGUCACUGAGAACACUGCUCCCAUUACUCUGAACACCGACAUGCAGUCCAUUCUGUACGCCGAGAUUGAGAACAUGAUCACCCACGCAGCCAACGAAUUCCUGAUGAAGGAGUAUUACGACGGUCGCCUCACUCAUAGCUCUCUCAACAGGGUGAAGAAAAGAUGGGAGAGGAAGCACAUGCCUGGAGUCCCUCAAUUCCGUUUCGACCAAACCACGCAGUACAAGAUUAUCAAGGCAAACCGCAAACGCCUCCAGUUCGGCGAACCCAGCCGCUGCACCCUUGGCGUGGAUACUAUUCUGGCCGAUUGGAAAAGGAUCUGCAAGAACAUGAGCAUCCGGACCUUUGUGGCUCCCGAUUCGGUUAUUAAGAAGCAAAUCCACGAUAUCCUGAAUCUCCUGGAGAUCCUGAAGGCCGAUAAAUGCCACAUUGAGCUGAUUAUGGCCCUCAAUGCGCAUGUUCGUGGAGAGCUGAUGAAGCAUGAGAUCAUGAAGCAGUACCGGGACGCUCAGAACUCUGGAAUCUCUCCCUCCUAA